CAGUGGAGACAAGUCUCUCUGUUUGUCUCUGAAGAAAAUUUAAACUGAAUCAGGUUUUUCUCAACAAAACAUCAGAAUCUCUGACAAACACUGGAGAGCUUCGACAUCGCAUUUCCUCAACUGAAGCCUCUCUGUUUGUCUCUGAAGAAAAAUCCAUCAGACUCUCUGACAAACACUGUUCAGACUGAGCGAUGGACUCUGAAGCCAGCGGGACGAUGGAGGUGGCGGCACUCGGCCGGCCUUUCAGCCUCGGGAUGUUGUACGACUGCCGCAAAGACUCACUCGUUCCUGGCAUUACGCUGUGGGACCGCAAUGACCUGGAAAAAGAUAAAGGAGAAAGACCAAAACCGAACACUGACUUUGAGAUCGUUGCAUCUGAAUCAAUUGAGGACAAAUCUUCAGCUCUAAACAUUGAAGCUUCCCUGAAGACAAGUUUCUUGAGUGGACUGGUUGAGGUUGAUGGAUCGGCCAAAUACCUGAACGACAGUAAGAUUUCCAAAAAUCAGGCCAGAGUAACUCUGAAGUACAAGGCUACCACAAAGUUCCAGGAACUGUCGAUGGAUCACCUUGGAAGAGACAAUAUGAAGCAUUCAUAUGUCUUUGAUAAAGGAUUAGCAACACAUGUAGUCACAGCCAUUCUUUAUGGGGCACAAGCCUUCUUUGUCUUUGACCAUGAGGUGUCUAAAAAAGAAGAUCAUCAAGACAUUGAGGGGAACUUGAAAGUUAUGAUCAAGAAGAUUCCCAGCCUUGCUAUAGAGGGUGAAGGUUCCCUAAAACUGAAAGACAAGGACAGAGCAAAUGUUGAGAAAUUCUCCUGCAGAUUCUUUGGAGACUUUGCUCUUGAAAAAAGUCCUGUGUCCUUUCAGGAUGCAGUAGAAGUCUACCAAAGCCUGCCAAGAUUACUGGGAGCCAACGGAGAAAAGGCUGUACCGAUGAAAGUCUGGCUGUUGCCACUGACAAGUUUAGAUUCUUCUGCUGCAAAACUGGUCCGUCAGAUAAGUUUAGGAUUAGUUCAGGAAUCACAGAGAGUCCUGGAGGACUUCAGUGAGCUGGAAAUGAGGUGCAAUGACACAAUGAGAACCACCACCGCACAGCAGUUCCCACAGAUUGGCAAAAAGAUUAAAAGCUUUAAAGAGAUGUGCUCUGAGUUCAAACUGGGAUUCCAACAAAACUUGGCAAAGAAACUUCCAGCAAUCCGAGGAGGAGGAGGAGAAGAGGAGGCUGUGCUCGCAGAGAUCCUGAAGAAGAGACAUUCUUCUCCUUUCAACACCAAAGACCUGAAUGAGUGGAUGGACUGUAAAGAGAGAGAAGUCUACACCUUAAUGUCUUUAACCAACAUGAUGAAAAACACCACAAUCAUCACGUCUCAAACACACCUGUACAGGGAAACCCUCAGUGCAGAGCAUGCUGUGUGUUUUGUUUUCACCUCCCUGGGAAGUGCUGAACCGUACCUCUCAGCUUUAUCUAACUACAUAAAACAAACACCCGAAGCAGACGACCCUCAAGAUGUAGAGAAGGAACAAUGGUUCACCUCAAAAGAAAUAACAGAUGCAAUGAGGAAUAAAGCAAAGCUCUUCAGUGACUUUGCAGAGGCCAACAAGGAGAACAAGAACAUAAAGUUCCUGACAGUGGGAUUAACAAAUGAGACACAGAAAGGUUCAAGCAUCUACCUUCAUGAAGGCGGCUUUUCUGUCAAUAAGAACUUUGAGCCGCCUUCAAAGCCUGAAACAGUAACAGCAAGUGACAUAAAGCACAACAGUGUGACACUGAAGAUUUCUGCGCCCAGAUUUGGAGCAGAGAACAUCACCUCCUACUCUAUAGAGUACUGUGUCAGAGGAGAGGAUGGAUGGCAACAAGAGACAGCAUCAAAAGCUGGAGAAGUGACAGUGAGCCAUCUGAGUCCUAACACAGAGUAUAUGUUCAGAUGCAGAGCAGUGACCUCAGCAGGUUUUGGGCCGGCCAAUGAAGCCAGUGGUUCCAUUAAAACCUUACCUACUACUAAAACCUGCUCAAGUCUUUCUGAUUCUGUUAAAGAAAAAAGCACAUUGUUAGAACCCCAGACCGGUCCUGUCCCUGUUUAUAAAAUCCCCCUGAAAGAUGAACGAAUCAGUGCCCCUGGCUGCAGGAGUUUCAGUUUUGGGAAAAAGUCCACUAAACCUAAUCGCACCAUCAUGCUUCUGGGAGCAACUGGAGCUGGGAAGUCAACUCUCAUCAAUGGGAUGAUCAAUUACAUUCUAGGUGUCGAAUGGGAGGAUUCAUAUCGGUUUAAGUUAAUUGAUGAGGGUCAGUCGAGAUCACAGGCUGAAAGCCAGACUUCUGAAGUCACUGUGUACAAAAUCAACCACCAGGAGGGUUUUAAAACAGAAUACUCUCUGACCAUUGUUGACACUCCAGAGUUUGGAGAUACAAGAGGCUUAAUAAGAGACAGACAGAUCACAGAACAAUUGUGUAAUCUCUUCUCUGCUGAGCUUGGUGUCAGUGAAAUUGACGCUGUGUGUUUUGUAGCUCAGGCUUCUUUAGCUCGACUCACGCCAACACAGAAAUAUGUGUUUGACUCCAUACUCUCAAUCUUUGGCAAAGAUGUGGCAGAAAACAUCAGGGUUCUGGUGACAUUUGCAGACGGCCAGCGUCCACCAGUUCUAGAGGCAAUCAAUGCUUCAGGUGUCCCAUGUCCUAAAACAAAAGACGGGCUGCCAGUUCACUUCAAAUUCAAUAACUCAGCUUUGUUUGCAGACAACAAGUCAUCUGCAGCAGGCAGCAUGAGUGGGGAUGAUGAGGAUGAAGAUGGAGGCUUUGAUCAGAUGUGCUGGAACAUGGGGACAAAAAGCAUGAAGAGGUUCUUUGCUGCUUUGAAUCUCACAGAAACUAAAAGCUUGACUAUGAUGAAGAAGGUUCUCAGAGAAAGAAAGCAGCUCGAGAAUUCAGUUGAAAACUUGCAGGAGCAGGUUAAAGUUCAGUUAGCCACGCUUCAGGAGAUCAAAGACACAACUGAAAAACUGAAAGAGAAUGAGGCAGAGAUCAGCAGAAAUGAGCACUUUAAGUUUAAAAUCAUUUUCACUAAACCUGUUCAACUGGAUAUUCUUGGUACUGGAGAUUACUUCAUGAACUGUCAGCAGUGUGAUGUCACCUGUCACUAUGCCUCUGCAACACCCAACGAUGCAGAUAAAAUACGCUGCUUGGAAAUGGGAUCAGAUGGAUACUGUAAUCAGUGUCCAGGCAAAUGUUUCUGGAGUGUACAUUUUAUUCAGAAGUACAGAUGGGAGUAUCAGGAAGUACAAGAAAAACGAACAGUGAAAGAGCUGAGAGAAAAGUACCUGAAAGCCUCAGAGGCUAAGGCACCUGUUCAGGUAUUGAUUGAUAAACUGAAGGCUGAAUAUGAUCAUGUGCAGACUAGCGUGGUGAACCUGAUGAAGUGGUCUUUUGAGUGUUUAAACAGACUUAAAGAGAUAGAACUGAAGGCAAAUCCUCUCUCAGCUCCAGAGUACAUUGACAUGCUGAUUGAGGGAGAGAAAUCUGAGGCCAAGCCAGGCUGGAAGAAACGAGUUCAGUCCCUGUUAACUUGGAGAGAACAAGCUGAGAUCAUAGCUACUAUAUACACAUGAGAGAAUCUGUUCUGUCCAUAUUGAUCA